UAGGUCUUCCUAAUUAUUACAAGUCUCACCUCUUUCUUAAAUUCCUCAUUCGUUCUCUCUCUCUCUCUGGAAACACAAAUACACGAGCAAAUAUAUUUACAUAAAGAUUAGAGUCUAGAGAAAGGGUGUAUUGUGUGAUGGAGAUAAAAACGAAGAGGUACUGGCGGAGGUGGAGAGGAUACGAGAAGCUUGAUGGGUCAUCAACGCCGGGUCGAAGGAGUGGAAAACAGGUCAAAAUGGAUCCGACCCGGAAGAAACGCUUUUGGAGGAUCAAGAUUAUGCCAAAACUGAGGAUUCUUAGAAGGGCGUCGCCCAAGAAGCUUCUGGUUUGGUUACGCGAUUCUUAUGUUAAUAUGAUGAUGCGGUUGGCGAACUCACGGGCCAUCGGAACUUCUGGAUACGGUGGAUCCGGUUUCGGGCAGCGUCAGAUGAAGGAGUAUGAUGAGAAAGUGCUUGUUGAGAUUUACAAGUCCAUACUGAUGGCGCAGGCGCAGGGGAAUCUCGUGCAACGGGACACAGCUAAUAAGCUCCCUUCUGAACCAGCGGUUGUUCCUGUCUCUUCUGUCCUUAUGUAAUUAAAAGAAUGAAAACAAAUAUCUGUUUUCUUUAUAAUAAAAGAGAAUCAAAAUUCUUGACUUGUUUGAUAUACUUUUCGAGAUUGCUGAUAGCAAAGUUGCUUUUGAUAUG